AUGGAAGCCUCGGUAAUAUUACCUAUUCUGAAGAAAAAAUUGGCUUUUCUUUCAGGUGGGAAGGACAGAAGAAGUGGCCUCAUUCUGACAAUUCCAUUAUGCCUUGAACAGACGAGUAUGGAUGAGCUGAGUGUCACCCUAGACUAUCUUCUAAGUAUACCAAGUGAGAAGUGUAAAGCUCGAGGAUUCACUGUGAUAGUGGAUGGCAGAAAAUCUCAGUGGAACGUGGUAAAGACGGUUGUGUUAAUGCUCCAGAAUGUUGUUCCAGCUGAAGUGUCACUUGUUUGUGUAGUAAAGCCAGAUGAAUUUUGGGAUAAGAAGGUUACACAUUUCUGCUUUUGGAAAGAGAAAGAUAGACUUGGCUUUGAGGUUAUUUUAGUAUCUGCUAACAAGCUGACACGAUACAUAGAACCAUGCCAACUAACAGAAGAUUUUGGAGGAACUCUUACCUAUGAUCACAUGGAUUGGUUGAAUAAGAGACUGGUAUUUGAAAAGUUCACGAAAGAAUCAACAUCUUUACUGGACGAGCUUGCUCUGAUUAACAAUGGAAGUGAUAAAGGAACUCAACAAGAGAGAGAGAGAUCAAUAGAUUUGAACUUCCUUCCAUCAGUUGAUCCUGAGACAGUAUUGCAGACAGGGCACGAGUUACUCUCGGAGUUACAGCAGCGCCGCUUCAAUGGCUCUGACGGCGGCGUGUCCUGGUCCCCGAUGGACGAUGAGCUGCUGGCUCAGCCACAGGUCAUGAAGCUGCUGGACUCGCUCAGAGAGCAGUACACGCGCUACCAGGAGGUUUGUAGGCAGCGAAGCAAGCGCACGCAGCUAGAGGAGAUUCAGCAGAAGGUAAUGCAGGUAGUCAAUUGGCUUGAAGGACCUGGAUCAGAGCAACUAAGAACCCAGUGGGGAAUAGGAGAUUCCAUUAGAGCUUCACAAGCUCUGCAACAGAAACAUGAAGAGAUUGAGAGUCAGCACAGUGAGUGGUUUGCUGUUUAUGUUGAGCUUAAUCAGCAGAUAGCAGCUCUUCUAAAUGCAGGGGAUGAGGAGGACCUUGUGGAAUUGAAGGCAUUGCAGCAACAGCUGAGUGAUGUGUGUUACAGGCAGGCCAGUCAGCUGGAAUUCAGGCAGAACCUAUUACAAGCAGCACUUGAAUUCCACAGUGUUGCCCAGGAUUUGUCUCAGCAGUUGGAUGGUUUACUAGGAAUGUUGUGUGUGGAUGUAGCACCAGCAGAUGGAGCAUCAAUUCAACAAACAUUGAAACUACUGGAAGAGAAAUUAAAAAGUGUUGACUUAGGCUUGCAAGGCUUGCGAGAGAAAGGUCAAAGUCUUCUUGAUCAGAUAUCUAACCAGGCAUCAUGGGCUUACGGGAAAGAUGUGACCAUUGAAAACAAAGAAAAUGUGGACCAUAUCCAAGGAGUGAUGGAAGAUAUGCAGCUAAGAAAACAAAGGUGUGAGGAUAUGGUGGAUGUGCGGAGACUGAAGAUGCUUCAGAUGGUGCAGUUAUUUAAAUGUGAAGAAGAUGCUGCUCAGGCAGUAGAAUGGUUAAGUGAACUGUUGGAUGCUCUUCUGAAGACACACAUCCGACUGGGAGAUGAUGCUCAAGAAACAAAAGUUUUACUGGAGAAACAUCGAAAAUUUGUUGAUGUUGCACAGAGUACUUAUGAUUAUGGAAGACAGUUACUGCAAGCAACAGUGGUCCUGUGCCAGUCCUUGCGGUGCACUUCAAGGUCCUCAGGGGACACACUUCCCAGACUGAACAGAGUGUGGAAACAGUUUACAGUGACUUCUGAAGAAAGAGUACACCGCUUGGAAACAGCUGUUGCAUUUCAUUCAACUGCUGAAAAGAUUUUGCAGGAAUGUCCGGAGCAGCCUGAAGCUUUCAAUGAAAUGGAUCAAUUUGAUGAAAUUGAGACAGUUGGGAAAUCACUGUUGGACAGACUAACGGUGCCUGUAGUUUAUCCUGAUGGGUCUGAGCAGUAUUUUGGGAGCCCAAGUGAUAUGGCUUCUGCAGCAGAACACAUUAGAGAGAAGAUGAAGUUAGUUAGCCUGAAAAAGCAGCAGCUGAGACAACCAGAAGCCUCUACCCCAGAGAGCUAA